CUUGUCGUAUGAUAAGAGAUCGGAACAGAGUUCUUCUUUUGCAUGUCCUUUUGUAUCGGACUGCUGGGCAAGAAAUGCAGUUGAUAGAGACAACAGUACGUGUAUGAGGUCUGAAAGCAUCGGUCUUCAGUCAACAUAUAAAACAGUGUGGUGGUAUGUGAAUCUGGGAGACGUGUACAGUGUGUACAGCAUCAGGAUUCUGUUCAAGACCUACCAGAAACAAUAUGAAAAUAGGCAAAGAGGGCGUUUUGCGGGUUUUUCUCUUUAUCUUUCUAAUACUGUCAACAAAGACGAAGGUCACUUGUGUUAUAAAGACGGGCCACAGUUACCUCCCCUUGAAUUCACAACAACCUGUAUUGGUUAUGGCACUUAUGUUAUAUUUUACAACGAACGAUUGGAUGGAACUGUUUAUCCCACAGGAUAUGAGAAGUUGAUUAUAACGGAAUUAUGUGAAGUGGUAGUGGAAGGUUGUAAACGGGGAACAUAUGGUAAAUUGUGCAACAAUAAUUGCUCUAAACACUGUGAAGACAAUAAAUGUGAUAUAACAAAUGGAACAUGUCUAGGAUGUUUGCCUGGAUGGAAAGGACAGUUCUGUCAAACACAGUGUGAUAGUGGAUCAUACGGUAAGAACUGCAACUUUCGGUGUUCAGGACAUUGUUUGGAUGAUCAAACUUGUAACCACCUGACUGGAAUCUGUGAUAAAGGUUGUGUUCCAGGAUGGACUCUGACAAUGUGUAAUGAAUCAUGCAGUUAUGGACGCUAUGGCCCUAACUGUGCUUUCAACUGCAGCGGACAUUGUUUAAAUGGAAACACAUGUAACAAGGAAACAGGGCAUUGUGACUCAGGUUGUACCCCAGGAUACAUAGGAAUUUUUUGUAAUAAAGUGUGUUCCAAUGGCUGGUUCGGUGAAGGAUGUAGAUACCGCUGUAGUGGACACUGUGCCAAUUAUGAACAUUGUAACCACGUAGAUGGGAUUUGUCCUAAUGGCUGUCAAAAUGGCUACCUUGGGAAUAUAUGCAACAAAUCUUGUGUGAAGGGUUUCUUCGGUGCAAACUGCUCUAAAAAUUGCUCUCAGAAUUGUAAAGAAAUAUGUAAUCAUAUCGUUGGAUCCUGUUUAUGUAAAAGUGGUUGGAUGGAUUCUCCAAUCUGCAGUACAGAAUGCCCACCUCAUACGUAUGGUGAAAAUUGCAUUCAUUCCUGCAGUGCCAACUGUGCUAAUGGUACUUGUGAUAAGUUCAAUGGUAGUUGUACGGAAGGAUGUAGAGAAUCAUAUUAUGGAGACAUUUGUGAUCAAAGUGAUGGUUCUUUUCUUCUAAACAUGAACAGUAAAUCUGCAAAACCACCUAUCGUCGGCGGGGUUCUCGGUGCAAUUGCCUUUGUAACCAUACUUAUUGCAUUGACUAUUUCUUUAUUGCGAAAAGGAAUCUUCAGAUCCUGGAUAGAAAGGAGGAGGCACUCACAAAUAUAUAUAAACAGCACAGAUACAUUGAGACAACCAAAUGAUGAAUCCCAUACCUAUCAAACGUUAAAUGACUCAAAUAAACCAGAAAACUACAUGAACUUUGAUUUACAUGAACCAGAAGAUACAGCUGCUUGUGCUUAUCAAGGAUUACGCAUAUCUAAAAAUGAAGGAAACUAUGUAAAUCUUGAACUAGACAAGCUUGAAAAAGAAAGAUGUUAUUCAGUAUUAAAGCACUGAACAUAUUCAAAAGAUACAUGUAUGUAUUGGUAACAGAAAAAUGCAUAAACUGCACAUUUCUUGUAACAAAAGUGGUAAAUAUUUA